AUGGAAGAUUUUAACAAUACGAUAGUUACAGAAUUUAUUUUACUGGCAUUUUCCAACACUCCUGAUCUCCAGAUGUUCCUUUUCACUGUGAUUUUGUUGAUGUACAUUAUCUGUAUCAUUGGUAACAUUGUCACCAUCAUUCUGGUUAGAAUUGCACCUUCACUCCAUAACCCAAUGUAUUUUUUUAUCACAACGUUUGCUUUUCUAGAGAUUAUGUUUGUUUCGGUUACUAUUCCAAAACUCUUAGAUAAUCUAAUUACAGCUAAUAAAAAUAUACAUUUUAUUGGUUGUUUUAUUCAGUUAUAUUUAUUCAAUGCCUUGGGGGAAUCAGAAUGUAUUCUCUUAUCUAUGAUGGUCUUUGAUCGAUAUAUAGCUAUUCACAGUCCUCUACAAUAUCCAGCUAUUAUGACCCAUUCUUUCUGUAUUGUGCUGGCUCUUACCCCAUGGACAGUUGGUUUUGUUAUGUCUUUCAUUGUUACAAUAUUUACGGCUCAGUUGGAAUUCUGUGGCCCCAAUGAAGUCAACCACUUCUUCUGUGACUUGGCGCCUCUACAGAAUUUGUCUUGUUCUAAUUCCUUCAUCAGCAAAGUGGUCACAAGCAUAGUAGCUGUCAUUACCUUAGUCAUUCCAUUCAGCUUAAUAAUCAGGUAUUACAUCCACAUUAUUUUAAUUGUUUCAAAAAUAAAGACUUCAGAUGGAAAGAAGAAAGCCUUCUCUACGUGCUCAUCUCAUCUCAUAGUGGCCAGCCUAUUCUUUGGUACAGCAUUUACUGUGUAUGUCAGACCUGAAGGAAGUCAUUAUGACAAAUAUCUAGCACUUAUUUAUACUGUAGUGAUUCCAAUGCUUAACCCUUUCAUCUACACUUUGCGAAAUCGGGAUAUCAAAACUGUCUUCCUACAACUAGUGAGUCAACUUUUAAAGCAGCUUUAA